GCCAGUCGCGAAGGCGGAGCUGUGUGUAAACUCACGUUGCUCCCCGGUCAAUCCAGUUUCUACAACAACAGAAAUAUAAGCUUAGUUUGCACUCGUUUAGCGUCGUUUUACACACAAGCCUUAAAAAGACAGAGAGCUUAAGGAAAACUGUUCUCGGUGCUGAUUCAGACUCCGUUCAUACUGCGUGUAUAAACUACUCAAUACAAGAUCUAAAACAAGCUGCUGCUCUUCAUUGCCUGGAUCAGGGCUGUACAGAUGGACUGAAAUCAAACAAAUCGGACCACCAGAGAAGAUCCAACAUGGGCAACAAACGCAAAGCCUCAAGUGAGCUCGACAGAGACUCAGAUGCCAGCUCCGGAUAUAUUAGUGCUUUGGACCAGACUGACUUUGAAGACAUGGGUCCAAACAGUACUGCAGCACAAAGCAUGCCAACAGCUCCUCGGGUUCCUUUCAUUCCUGGCUCACAUCCAGUCGUCUCUCCCAUGAUCGUAAUGAACAACCUUGUCCUCAAGCAGCCAGUCAUGUCCGCUGGUGACUGUACCGGCCGAAGUUCUGAGAAGCAGAAACAUUCCAGAAAGCAUGUUCCCAUGCAAAACGCCUUUCAGAAAACUGCCUCACAUCUUGCACAAGGGUCUACAGUCGACAAGGGUCCCAGUGCUAUCAAUAAGAGGUCAAACCACAGUCAUGGUGGAAGACAUCAACAACGCCGUUAUGAUGAUAAACCUUUCCACAGUUCCUCUUUGAAGCAGGAUGUGUCUGAGACAUUUAAAGGUUAUGGUGUAGACCCCAACAUUGCUGCACUGGGAGAAACUGGUCACUCUGUUGAAGAAAUGUGUGUGGAAAACCCUUCAGCCAGGCUUUCUGUCCUUCAGGAGCCCCACACCACCACUUCACCAAUCUCACUUUGCACUGACUCCUUCCUUGCUUCGUUCCCUCAGAAGAGUCCCAAAACUUCAGUCACCCAGAGCAGUGAUAUGGAGAAUAUCCCAGAGGCCCUUUCUCCAAGCUCUAGCAAACACGAACGCUUCUGUAACACAUAUAACAUUUUGAAUCGGUCAGGCCUGCUGGGCAUCACACUGCGCACAAAGGAACUUAUUCGACAAAAUAAGCGAUCCCAGGCCCAACUUCAGUGUCUGCAGGCUCAGACUGACCUCUUCUUGGAGGCCAUAUGUAGUGGAGAUCCCAAAGUCUGGACGAGAUUGCAGCUUAUCCUCCAGAGGUCCAGAAACGGUGAAGAGACGCCAACAGACACACUGGUGGAUUCUGUGAGGGGUGCAGAGUAGGAUAUGACCGAUGUGGGUCGUAUGUGUAGUAGCAGGUUCAGAUCUUAAUAUUUCAUCUGUUGUAUUCUGCAGUUUUUGCCACCUUUGCUUAGACCCUUUCAAGUUUGGCACAUUUCGAAUCAGUUGCUUAGCAAAUUUUGAACGUCUUGUUAUAAUAUCAGUUGGAAACGUCAAAGAUUUAAGUCUUCAGUAGAGUCCAGAGAUAUAGUUAUCACUCCAAGUGUUAUCCAUCCAACAUUCUUAUUCUUUUGGUUUUGUCCUAAGUAUAUAAAGACAAUGUUUAGAUUUAAACUGCAUCUUUUUCAGAAUAAACUGACUCCGUGUUUCAGAAUUCAUUAGCUGUGUAGUCUCUAUUUAAAAAAAGAAUGCUAUUAACCAUUCUUUUAUCUCAAUCUAAUCGUCUACUAUUUGGAAAAAAGGCCUUGGAAGACUGGAAUGCAAAAAUAGUUUCUGCACAGAAUGAAUCAAUUUCAUUUCUAAUCUCUUUAUCUAAUAAUUUUGACCCUAUCUUUGAAAUCCAGGCUAAAGUCUCUGAAUCUAAUUAUGAGAUAACAAGCAUUAAAGUUUGAUUUCAACCAUUUAUUGCACUGAUUUCAAUCUUUGACACGGACUUACUCAGUCAAUAUUAAAGAUAUAAAGGUUAUAUUUUCACAGAAUGUUCUACAUUUUUAUGAAGGAUGAUUUUAUUUAGAAAACAGUAAAUUUGACUUUAGCUGUGUUUUCUCAGGCAGGGUCACAAAUGCCUUUGACAAAAAUUUGAGUGCUUAAAAGUGUACAAUUGUACAAUUCCGUUGAAAAUGUGAAAUUCAGGAUCAUCUUUGUGAAAAUUUGUAAAAAUAAACAUUUGUAUGUGUAUAAUCUCUUCUGAAAGUAAAUCUCUCCAAGUAAAUGUUCUUGUUGUCUAUGAGAAAGACCAAUGGACGUUAAGAGUAAGAGUACGAAUAACCAUUUGUCCUGGUCGGUGUUUUUCGAAGUAGCAUUUCAAAUGUGGUCGUUAACUUAUUUGUAAUGCCUAGUGUUAUAUCGUUGAGUUGUUUACAUUCUUAACAAAGAUUUGGAUGUGAAUUAAUCAAGUUGGCAAAUGUACUGCUUGAAUUUUAUUUGUUAUACUGCAUGCAAACAGACUGUUCAUUGUGUUUGGGAAAGCAAGUACUAAUGACCGAGGUCAGGUUUAGUGCAUUAAUGAAUGCACUAUGUCAUAGCAUGUACAUUGUGCAAGUGUACUUUGCUGUACACAUGGUGUUGAUUUAUCAGAACGACAUAUUUUGCUGUAGAAAUCUAUGCAACAGUCUUGUUUAGUAUUAGCAUUGUACUGAAGUGCUGUUUUGUAUUCUGUGGGUCACUUUUUUAUGUGCCUUCAAAAAUAAAGGCUUUUUAAAUAUAAAA